GGCCGUAGAUAAUGGGUUAGAAUUUCACCUUGGCAGCUGAGCUGGCAAUACAAACGUUGCGCAUGACAUUACAGGAUAUAGGCGGAAGUUAAUGGGGGAUUGUCCAUUGUAAAGAUGGUGGUCAGUGCUGCCUCAUGGGUACCAAACAUCUCCUUUCUCUGGAAGCAAGUUUGGAUUGGACAAUGGCCACUUCAAAUUAGGCAUACAAAUAAAAAAAUGACUGGGAGGUUGCAUGUUCAUAUGAAGAUCAGUGGCAGUUAUAGCUCAGAUUCAAUCAAUUUAAAGCACAAUGCCAAAAUAGCAAGACGACAAAUGUUACUAGCAACUACAGGAAUCACCACUGCUUUUUCUGUAGUUGAUUUUUCAAUAGCUGGACCAUAUCCCUCUAUGGAGGAACCUAUCAUUCCUCGUUAUUACAAGACAGCAAGUGGAGUCAAAAUUGAAGAUAUUGUUGAAGGAGAAGGACCAAUAGCUCAUGAAGGAGACGUUGUUGAGCUAAAUUAUGUCUGUAGGCGAUCAAAUGGAUACUUUGUUUACAGUACUGUUGAUCAAAUUAGUGGAGAAAGCAAGCCAGUCAUGCUUCCUAUUGAUGACAAACAGAUCAUUGCAGGACUGAAGGAAGUUUUAAUAGGCAUGAGAGCUGGAGGGAAGAGAAGAGCACUUAUACCUCCUUAUGUUGGUUAUACCACUGAAAAUCUUGAGCCUCAACCUCUGGAGUUUGGUCCCCGUAGAAGCCUGUUAUCCCAUGUGAAGGAGCCAUUGGUUUUUGAAGUGCAGGUGCUGAAAGUGUUGUGAAUGCCAUGCUUAUUCAUCAGGCCUAUGCACAGAGCCAUUGGGUUUUAAAAUGUAGGUGCUGAAAGUCUUGUGAAUUCCAUGCAUUUUCCUCAGGCGUAUGCACAAUUUAGAAAAGAACAAUAAUAGAUAAUGGUCAAGUGUUUGGUAAACUGAUACUUUUUUAUGAGAGGCAUCAUUUCAUGGUACAGAAGAGGCAUAUUUACCAUGUUGUAUCAUCUGUACCUUAUGAAAUUCCACAUAUAAAUUCCAUUGUACA